AGUGGCAGAGACCAGUCCUGGAGCCAAAAGAGGUGCAUUUGUACAGACCGUGGUGAUGACAAUGUGCUCCAGAAUCCAUCCUACAGUGGAAGGACGUCACUAUUCAGUGAAGAACUGAAGAACGGCAACYUCUCACUAAAGCUGACCAAUGUGAAACUGUCUGAUGGUGGAAGUUACACCUGUUACAUACCAACGUUAGGCCACCAGAAAACCACCAUUGAACUCUAUGUCGGCGAGGACGGAACUCCUUCAUCCUCCCUCCCACCCACCCAACCGCCCCUGAAAGACCAAUCAGGAGAAGUCAGGGGUGCAGCCCCUCGGCCAUGGCUCUCCAUUGUGGAAACCAAAGACAAGGAAGUGGUCCUGAAGUGUGAGGCUGAAGGGUUAGUCUAUAAGCCUGAGUUGGUGUUGCUGAACAGUAAGGGAACCAUCCUCCCUGCUGAUGAACCUACAGAGAGACCCAUGGACUCAGAGGGCUUGUACACAGUGACACGCUAUUUCACUGUCCAGAAGACAGCCACCAACGUGUUCACCUGUCGAGUUCAACAGCUGGAGAUCAAACACAUGAGGGAGACACGGAUUCGUGUUCCAGACAAAAUGUUUCAUGAGGAAGCAGAGGACUUGGGAUGGAAAAUUGGAUUUGGAAUUGGAUGUGUUGUGGUGGGUGUUGUGGUGGGUGUUGUAGUUUGUCUGUGCAUGCGGAAAAACAACCCCAACUACACCCUAAAACAGCACCCAGAAGAAAAAGAAACCAAAGGCGGGUGGGCAGAUAGCGGGAUUGCCCUCCAGGUUCCUGUUCUCGAUAACAGCAAUGUUAAAUAGCCAUCCUAAUGGUGUGCGUGUGUCACAACCUGGAGAACGGGACAGCCAACAUACCCUUGAUUGAUUCCACCAGCCACCCUCGGCGAUGUAAUGAGAUAGACACUUAUCACCUGCAGUGAAGCCGCUCAACAUUUACCUUACAAGACAGUCGUGAAGAGGUAUGGUGUGGCAACUGCUUGGCAU